UAAAAAAUAUACAUUCCCGUGACGUUGAAAUAAAAACGAAAGUGAAAGUGCGUGCCCCUUUAAGGAAAGCAACGUUUCGACGCUAUCCCCUAUAUGUUAUGUUAUGUUAUUUUCUUUUUUGUGUAUAGGAACGAAAAAUCGACAUUCUUUUGACCGCGGUAACAAUGAAAGAUUAACAUGAUGUGUGGACAUAUCGUGACGCAGCAGUAGGCUACUGUAGGCCUGUACUGUAUGCAGACAUGUAUGGGACGAGGCGCAUUGAAUUAGAAUGAAUCAGUUUGCACUUUUGAUGCCUGCUGUAGGGUGAUGUCCCACUAUGUUUUACUGAAUAGCAGAGAGACGAUUUAACUUCUAACCUGAAGAAUCAGAUUGAGUUUCACUGAAGAACAACACAGAAGACAAAGAUGGCAACUGCAAGCAGCAAUGAGUUUCAGCUUGUUGUCCCUGAAACAGCUCAGAGAACUAGAGUUAAAAGAAGGGGUGAAUUGACUAUACCAUGUCACCUGUCACCUGAAAUCAGUGCUGUUGAGAUGGCGAUCAGAUGGUUUAAGGAGACAGACUGUGUGUGCAUCUAUAAGAACAGAGAGAUGAUUGAAGGGAGAGGAUUCGAGGGCAGAGUGAAUCUGAUCACUGAGAAGCUGGAGAAAGGAGAUGUUUCCUUAUCACUGAAAGACUUCAGACCGUCUGAUCAGGGAGAUUAUGUGUGUCAGGUCACCAGUGGAGUCAAAACAGAGGAGAUAACAGUAAGAGUAAAAAAAGAAGAAAAAAGAGUAAAACAUGAAGGAGAAAGAGAAAGUUUUUUUGAAGCACGUUGGGAAGCAAUGAUUGCAGAUCCUCUACGUUUAAUUUUACAAGUAGAGAAAGUAAACAGAACAUGGACUGAAGAGGAGAGAUUAAAAAUGGAGGACUCAGCUCUAAUGGCAGAGUUUGAAAAAAACAAGAAUCCUGAAGAGUUGAAACGACUUCUCACAGAAAGAAACAAACUCAUACAGGAGAAAAAAAAUAUUCUUUUAGAGAGCAAACAGACACUUCAAACGAAGGACAUGGCGUUAGAGGAAAAGGAAAGACAUCUUAAAGACAUGGAUUAUAAACUGCAACAAACAAUCAAAGAAUUUGAGAAGACACAGAGUCAGCUUCAGGAGAAAGAGACACAAAUGGACAAUAUGAACAAACUGAUGAGUGAGAAAGAGAGACUGCUGGAGAACACCGUCAAAGAACUGGAAACCAGUAAACAUCAACUGAAGACACUGAGAAAUGAACUACAGGAGAUGAAGACACAACUGGAUGAACAGAAAACUAAAUUCACUCAUCAGGAGAAAACACUACAAGAAAACAAACAACAGCAGCAACAAUCUGAUCAAGAAAACAAAAAUCUGCAUUCUGAGCUAGAUCGACUGAAAAGCGAGUCAUCUACACAUUUAUCUGAGUUGAAUGAAAAAUGCAAAUGUUUGGAAGAUAUGGAAAAACUUUUAGUUGAAAGAGACGCACAGAUUAAAGAUCUUGAGAAAAGCAAAGAAACAGCUUUAGAGGAAAAGGACAAACUUCUAAAUAAAUCAAAUGAUAAACUAUUACAAACAACCAGAGAGAUUAAGGAAAAACAAACAGAAAUUGAAGAGAAAACUAAACUAAUGAGUGAGAAAGAGAGACUGCUGGAGAACACAGUCAAAGAACUGGAAACCAAUAAACAUCAACUGGAGACACUGAGAAAUGAACUAGAGGAAAAUAACAGCAAACUACAACUACUGCUGGAGGAAAAUAAACUACUGAAGAGUUCUGAAACAUCAGUAUCAACAGCACCAGUAAGACGACGACACAGUAAGGAGUUAGAUCCUCCAGCGAUGAGUGGAGAAACAGCUUCAGUGUUGGUUUCUGGAUCAGAGCUCAGGUUGGUUCUGCUGGGGAGUGCUGGAUCUGAAAAGAGUGCAUCAGUAAACAUCAUCCUGAACAGAGAGGAGAAGAUCCAGACUGAUACAUCAACAGAGAUCCAGCAGAGUGAGAGCAGACAGGGGGAGGUGAAUGGGAAGAAGGUGACUGUGGUGGAAACUCCUGACUGGUUUUGCUCUGGUCUCUCUCUGGAGGAGGUGAGACAGGAUGUGAAACUCUGUGUCCGUCUGUCUGCUCCAGGACCUCACGCCUUCCUCCUGAUCAUACCAGUACAACAAUCUACUGGAGUAGAGAGAGCAAUGCUGGAGAAAAUGGAGGACAUUUUUGGGGAGAGAUGUUGGAGGAACACCAUGAUCCUUUUUACUGUCACUGAUGAAGAACAAAAGAAGAUCAUUGAGGAUUUCCAGUCAGGGAAUCAGGAGGUCCAGAGACUUGUAGAGAAAUGUGGGAACAGGUUUCACUGUCUCAACAUUCAUCAGAGUGGAGAUGAUUCACAGAUCUCAGAGCUGCUGGAGAAGAUUGAGAAGAUGAUGGAAGGAAACACAGAGAGAUUUUACAGCAGUGAGAUCUACCUGGAGAUUGAGUCUCAGAUCAGAGCGAUGGAGAGAAAGAUCACGAGAGACAGACAUGAGAGAAAAGAGAGGGAGGAGAGAGAUAUAAAAGAAAAAAUAGAAAAGGAGGUGCAGAGAUCCCUGAGAAAGAUAGAGGGAGUGAUUGAGGAACAUGAAGGAGAUAUCAAACAACUUAAUGAGAGAACAGGUGAACUAGAGAGACAGAUGAGAGAAGAAAAAGAUGAAGAGAAGAAGAAAGAACUAAAGAGAGAGUUGGAAAAAGAGGUGGAGAAGAGAACAAAACUGGAGAGAAAGAUUAACAAACUGAAAGAUCAGAGAGAGAGAGAAAAGAUUGAGAUGGAGGAGAAACACAGACAGGAGAUGGAGGAGAUCAGGCAGAUGUAUGAAGGAGAGAUGAGGGUGGAGACAGAGAGAAACCUCAUGAAGAUCAUCCUACCUGAACUCCAGAGAAACAUUUUAGAUUCAAAGUCAAAGAUGCAGGAGGAGUUUAACAGACAGAUGGAGGAGAAGAACAGAGAAAUAGAGACACUAAAAAAUCACUUCUCAGAACUCAAGGAGGAGUACUCCUCACUGUGUGAGUUUCAUGAAUCAGCAAUAGGGAUCCUAAAAACCUCCUAAAAACGUUUUAAAAAAAGAAAAUGAUAGUGUGAUCAAAAUUAGUAAAGUCAUCCAAAAUCACAUUUUAAUGAGCCUGACAAAAACUCUUUGAAAAGACUUUAUAAGUGCAUCAUAUCCCUUACGAAAAAGAAGUAUACUUCAAGUUCAUUAUAUUAAGUAUACUUAAGUAAUGUUGGAGUAUAGUUUUAAGUAUACUUUAUGUAGUAAGUGUACUAACAUUUAUGUUCUAGUAGUAAACUUGUAAGUGUACUGCUUGAAUACCGCUUGGGACUAAAUUGGCCCACUUUUAGUAUAUAAAAGUAUACUUCUAAGUGUACUAUAAGUGUAAGAGUAGUCAACUUUAAGUGUACAACUAGUGCACAAUUAGUUCUUCAUUUGUACUGCAAGUGAACUCAUGAGUAUACUAGUAGUUUUCUAGACUUAUACUUCAAGUGUACAUGCAAAUGUUCUGUUAGAUUACUCUUAGUAAACUAGUAGGUUACUAAUUUUGUGCUGCAGGUAUACUUCCAAGUGUUUUUUUUAUAUACUUUUAGUUAACUAGUAGUUUAAUAGUCAUAUACUGAAAGUGUACAUGCAAGUGUUCUGUUAGUGUACUCUUAGUAAAAUAGUAGGUUACUUAUUGUGUGCUGCAGGUAUACUUCCAAGUGUUUUUUUAAUAUACUUUUAGUUAACUAGUAGUUUACUAGUCAUAUACUGAAAGUGUACAUGCAAGUGUUCUGUUAGUGUACUCUUAGUAAACUAGUAGGUUACUUAUUGUAUACUGCUUGUGUAACAAAGCACUUUGACACUGAGGAUCCAUCUGCAGGUUUUUAUUAAACACACUCAUAUUCCAACAGGCAAGGUUAAACAACAGCAAACACAGCAAUGUAGGGCAGGCAAAUCUCGUAGUCAUGAAACAGGCAAAAGGGUCAGCAAUGACAGCCAGUACAAAUCAAGACUUUGCACUGACUGAAUGUUUCCAGAGAGUUUAUAUAGGCUGUCCAAUGUGUUUCAGGUGGCAGACCAAUCAGUCCAGGCAUGCGGGAUUAUGGGAAAUGGAGUCCAGAACGAAAGUUAAUAUUCAGGGGGUUCAGCCAUAUAUAUAGAUAUAUAUACAACCUCAAAUCAGAAACAGUUGGGACACUGUAGAAAUUGUGAGUAAAACAGGAAUGGAAUAAUUUACAAAUCUCAUAAACUUAUAUUUUAUUCACAAUAGAAUAUAAAUAACAUAUCAAAUGUUGAAAGUGAGACAUUUUGAAAUGUCAUGCCAAAUAUUGGCUCAAUUUGGAUUUUAUGAGAGCUACACAUUCCCAAAAAGUUGGGACAGGUAGCAAUAAGAGUAUAAAAGUUAAAUGUACAUAUAAGGAACAACUAAAGGACCAAUUUGCAACUUAAUUGGCAACAUGAUUAGGUAUAAAAAGUGUAGCAGUGUCUCUCAGAAGUCAAGAUGGGCAGAGAUAGCCUAUAUUCUAUUGUGAAUAAAAUAUAAGUUUAUGAGAUUUGUAAAUUAUUCCAUUCCUUUUUUACAAUUUCUACAGUGUCCCACUCUAGUGU